CGAUCCAAGUUAGCGAUCUAGGUAUAGACAUCUGUAUUUCAAUACUAUUCGAUGAUUUUUUUCACGCUGCGUGCUGCGCGCUCGUCGAAAAUGUGACUUUGACAAAGCUUGCCGCUUGCCCGAAUGAAGGGUAGCGUCUUGAUCCGGAAGCUCAUCAGUUGGGACAAACACGUGGUCCCGCGUCGGUAUUUCAGUUCGACGACGAUGUCAAAGAGUAAAUUCGAAUAUGUGAAAGAGUUUGAGAAGAAUGACAACUGUUUGCCAAAUUGUUGGAUCGUAGUUAGGAUAGACGGCAGAAAUUUCUCCAGGUUCUGCAAAACACAUGAAUUUGUCAAGCCAAACGAUGUGGCUGCUCUGGAGUUAAUGAAUCGCGCCGCAAUCACCGUUAUGGAAGAUUUUAAAGAGAUUAUACUAGGCUUCGGACAGAGUGAUGAGUACUCAUUUGUUUUUCGGAAGGACACGGAGCUCUAUAAACGGAGAGCAUCGAAAUUAUUGUCUAACGUAAACUCAUUAUUCGCUUCGGCGUAUGUUUAUUAUUGGCCACGCAUCUUCAGAGGUAAAGAAUUAUAUUAUCCACCUUCGUUUGACGCUCGUAUUGUAUUGUAUCCGACAGAUAAGAAUUUAAGGGACUACUUGGCUUGGCGACAGGCUGAUGUACAUGUCAAUAAUUUAUACAAUACUUGCUUUUGGAAUUUCAUUUUGAAAGAAAAAUUAACUCCGAGUCAGGCAGAAGAAAAGCUUAGAGGUACUUUAGCAUCACAUAAGAAUGAAUUGCUUUUCCAAGAAUUUGGAAUAAAUUAUAAUAAUGAACCACAAUUGUUUCGGAAAGGUACAACGCUCAUUCGAAAAUUGGUGCCUGAUGGUACAGGAAGAUUAAAACCUGCUGUAGUGCCUUUGGUAGACGAUAUUAUAGGUGACCGUUUUUGGAAAGAGAAUCCUGAAGUAAUUGGUUUGAAAAGUUUAACAACUUAUCAACCACCAAACUUAGCGAACAGCAUUAAAAACAUAUCAAUGCCAACACCUCCCUCACCCAUCACAAUCAAACAUGGAAAUAAUGUUUCACAAGUGAUUAAUGUGAGUUCAGUAAAGGAAGAAGAUCCUAAUAAAAACAGAGAGACAGAAGGAGAUCGAAUGCAGUGUGAAAAUGAACAUAUUUGUAGAAGAUAAAUUUCUUUUUUUUUUUUUCAUACAAUAAAUCUGUAUCAGAACUAUAUAUAUUUCAGUAAAAUAUAAAAACAGUUAAAACUUUACCAAGAAAAUACUAUUAAUAAAUGAAAGAAUGCUGCAGCAAAGGAGAAUGAGUUUCUUUAAAAAAUAAUUUUUAAGAAGUUUAGAAAACAAUUUGAAAAAUAGAUAAUAUAAUGAAAAAUAGAUAGAUAUAAAUAUGUAUAGAUAAGCUGUCAAAUAAAUUUAUUGAUGUAUGAAUUCAGUGGUGAA